AACUCCUGCCAUUAGCACUCUCAUAUCACACAGAUGAUAAAACAAAUUGCUGUAGGCGGGAUUUAUAAAGUGACCCCAGGGUUUUAAAAUAACACAAUGUAUAUUUUUCUUUCCCUUCGUCACUCCAGCCUGAGACGAGAAUUCAAUACAGAUCAUGUCCCUGCAAAAGGUCGGUUCGUUCCUGCGUGGUCUGUCCCGCAGGAAGCCUCUAGACCCAGAAGGUGAGGAGUCCACGUUCCGCCGCUGUCUCGGCACUAUAGAUCUGGUGGCUCUCGGUGUGGGCAGCACGCUGGGUGCCGGUGUCUACGUGCUCUCAGGUGAGGUGGCCAGAUCUCUGUCUGGCCCCAGCAUCAUCGUCUCCUUCCUCAUUGCUGCUCUGGCCUCCAUCUUCGCCGGACUCUGCUAUGCUGAAUUCGGCUCCCGAGUACCAAAGACUGGAUCGGCAUAUCUCUACAGCUACGUGACUGUGGGCGAGGUGUGGGCUUUCAUCACCGGCUGGAACCUGCUGCUCUCCUACAUCAUAGGUGCCUCCAGCGUGGCCCGAGCCUGGAGUGGCACUUUUGACGAUAUGCUCGGAAAUGUGAUGUCGAAAUACUUCAGCAAACACGCAGCCAUGGGCCUGCCAGGCCUGGCUCCUUACCCAGACUUCUUUGCAGCGGGCCUUAUUUUGCUUCUCGCCGGUCUUCUUGCAUUCGGCGUGAAAGAAUCGACGACGGUCAACAAGGUCUUCACGAGCGUUAACAUUCUGGUGUUGGUGUUUGUCAUCAUCACUGGCUUCAUCAAGGGGAAACUGGAGAACUGGUAUAUCAGUGAGGAAACAUUAGUGAAUGUCACAGCAGAACUCGAAAACCUGACGUCCACAGUCAACGUUACCUCCGAAUUCGGCCACGGCGGCUUUUUUCCCUACGGCUUUGAGGGCACGCUGGCAGGAGCUGCCACUUGCUUCUAUGCAUUCGUAGGGUUUGACUGCAUUGCGACUACGGGUGAGGAGGUGAAGAACCCCCAGAAGUCCAUCCCACUGGGCAUUGUAUUUGCACUGCUCAUCUGUUUCCUGGCUUAUUUCGGCGUUUCAGCUGCUCUCACACUAAUGAUGCCGUACUACCUGCUGAACAUCCACAGCCCUCUGCCUGUCGCCUUCGCCUACGUAGGCUGGUCUGCCGCCAAGUACGUAGUCGCCGUGGGAUCCCUGUGUGCACUCUCUACUAGCCUCCUGGGAUCCAUGUUCCCGAUGCCUCGAGUGAUCUUUGCCAUGGCUAGAGACGGCCUCCUCUUCAAAGUGUUGUGUAAAGUCAGCUCGAGGCAAAGUCCCGCCACAGCCACCCUCACCUCCGGCUCUGUCGCAGCUAUAAUGGCGCUGUUAUUUGACCUGAAGGCUCUGGUUGAUAUGAUGUCGAUUGGGACUCUGUUCGCCUACACACUUGUGGCCAUUUGCAUUCUCAUACUGAGGUACCGUGAGACUGAAUCUGCAGAGAAUGAAAUAAGCAUUACUUCGGUGUCAAAGUUCAGAUUUUUAAAUCCUCCAUCAUACCCGACCAAGGAAACGUCAAACACCGUCACCGUCUGCACCGUGUUUAUCGUCUUCAUGGUGGUGGUCCUGACCGUUCUGCUGUCCAAAGCCAUCACAUCACUGCUUCGGCUGGAGGUCUGGAGUCUGGUGUGUGUGUCUGUGACCCUCUUCUUAAUGUUGCUCAGCACACUGGUGAUCUGGAGGCAGCCUCAGAAUCCCACUAAAGCAGCCUUCAUGGUGCCUUUUCUGCCUUUACUUCCUGUGGUGAGUACAUUCAUCAACAUUUACCUGAUGGUUCAACUCGGAGGAGCCACCUGGAUCCGCUACGCUGUCUGGAUGGCUGUGGGACUCUUGAUCUACUUUGGGUAUGGAGUGAGGAACAGCGUCCAGAAACAGAGACUGCUGGGAAACAUGAGCAACCUGGAAACUACAGAUGUAACCGCAGAGAAAGACAUAACUAAAGGACAAAAUUUAUAACACCAGCGUCUAAAGAUCAAAUACUGUGCUUAGAGAUCACCUUAUUAUGAGGAGUUUAACACACGUUUGUUAACAUUAUGACAUAAUGGUGGAACAAUGAUUCAUUUUUAUAUAAGAUUUUAUAAGAAAAUGUUUCAUAUUCUGAACAGAGCCAUGACUCACACUGUGGUCUGAUAACUGGCACUUUACGGAAAAUAAAAUAUUACUCCAUGGA